AGAGCGGCCUCUGCCUGCUGCAGCGCCUCCCAAUUGAUUGUGCAGCAGCUGCCGAACACGGACAGCGUGGGAGCCAAGCACGACAAACGCGGGAAAAUGGCCGAAGCGACGGCCCGGGCAGCCUCCAUCAAACGCUACGGCGAGGCCCUGGGCGACCCGGCCCUUGCUGAGCAAUGGGUGCAGACAUCACCCGCAGGCGUGGACGACGUCGAUGCGUGGAUCGAGGCCGGCCGCCGCAGCGCGCCGGCCGUCGAGGCCGUCGCCGCGGCGCCGCCACGGCCUGCUCUCGACAAGGCGCCGCUGCCAUCCGUGCUCGACAAGGCGGACGAGGAGCGGCUGGCAAAGGCUUACGCGGACAAACUCCUGGGCUGCGACGCGCACGACGCGCCGGCGUGGGUCCGCGCCGCCGCGGCCGCCGACGACGCGGGGGCCGCCGCCGCGUGCUGCGCGAGCGCCCUCCCCGCAUCGGAGGGCAGCCUCGGAAAGGAGGACGUCGAGCGGCUAUCCAAGGCUUACGCGGCCAAAAUCCUGGGCUGCGACGCGCACGACGCGCCGGCGUGGGUCCGCGCGGCCGCGGCCGCCGACGACGCGGGGGCCGCCGCAGCGUGCUGCGCAAAUGCCCUCCCCCCGAGCAGCCUCGACAAGGCGGACGUCGAGCGGCUAUCCAAGGCCUACGCGAACAAAAUCGCGUGUGAGGAUCCCUACCCGUACGCUGCGCGGGGCGUCGAGCAGGAUCGGGUCCCGUACGCGUACGCCGCCGACGACGACACCGAGGCCCGGCAACAGUGCAAGAUACUGCUCUUGGACGCGUUCGACGACGACGCCGCGAAAGAGCGCCUGCGGGAGAAGGGGUUCGCGCUGGCGGACGACGACGAGGUCGAGGCUCUGGAGCGGGAGCGCUGCCUGCGAGCGUUCAGCGAACAUCGGUCGCCGGCAGCUGUCCCCGUGGAGGGUACGUAG